AUGGCUGGUUCCACUGCCGAUGUGUGGGAACUACGCCAGAAGCCCUCGAAGACCAAGAAAAAUGGACCACAGAAGCGGUGGUAUCUUCCGUUGAAUUUUGUUCAGAACCCGAAAAAACCUGAAAAAAUUCGCCUCAUAUGGGACGCUGCGGCAAUGGUGAAUGGCGUGUCCCUCAACAGUCAGUUGCUCAAAGGUCCUGAUAUGCUCACUCCGUUGAUAGCUGUAUUGUGUCCCUUCCGUGAGCACCGCAUUGCUUUCGGAGGAGACAUUCGGGAAAUGUACCAUCAGAUGAGAGUUCGCAAGGCAGACAAAAGAGCACAGCUAUUUCUCUUCAGGAAAAAUCUACAAGACGAAAAUCCGAAUGUUUAUAUGAUGGAUGUUGCCACAUUUGGGUCAACUUGCUCUCCGUGUUCGGCGCAGUACGUAAAAAAUCUCAACGCGUCAGAAUUUGCGGCGGAAUAUCCCGAGGCGGCGGCGGCUAUAAUAGAAAAACAUUGUGUCGAUGACUAUUACGACAGCGUCGACACGAUCGAGGCGGCAGUGCGUCGAGCCAAGGAUGUGCGAUUCAUCCACUCAAAGGCGGGAUUCGAGAUAAGAAAUUGGGUCUCGAAUUCCACUGAAGUAUUGGAGAGUCUAGGAGAACAGAAGCCAGUUCAAGCAGUUCAUCUCAACGUUAAUAAAGCAACGGAAAACGAACGAGUCCUGGGAAUAAUUUGGAAACCAUGCCAAGAUGUCUUUUCUUUCGCCACCGAUCAUCGACCAGAGCUGAGACCUUUUUUCAAUGGUACUCAACGACCAACAAAGCGCUUGGUUCUAAGCUGCGUAAUGGGGUUUUUUGACCCUCUGGGACUGCUAGCUCCAUUUACAAUUCACGGAAAAAUUCUCGUCCAAGACUUGUGGCGGACAGGUUGUGGCUGGGAUGAUGAGGUAGAUAACAAUUCCUUGAAAAAAUGGACGCGAUGGACAGAACUUUUAACGCAGGUAGAUGCUAUACGUAUUCCACGUUGUUAUCUCGGCGACUCCCAUUCAUCUGCUGUCGAAUCACUCCAACUCCACAUUUUCAUGGACGCAAGUGAGCAAGCAUACGGCUGUGUGGCCUACUUUAGAGCGAUAGUUGAUGGAAGCAUAAAAUGUCAUUUAGUGAUGUCUCGUGCGAAAGUAGCACCUUUGAAACGACAAUCGAUUCCUCGACUCGAAUUGAUGGCGGCGGUUCUGUGCUCACGAUUGCUUCAUACGGUACAGUCAUAUCAUUCCCUCCCUAUCAUCAACAAAUUCUUCUGGACGGACUCUCAGACGGUUCUCAGUUGGGUUCGCUCCGAUCAAUUGAAAUAUAAACAGUUCGUGGCGUUCCGUAUCGGGGAAAUACGGGAAAACACCAACAUAUCCGACUGGCGAUGGGUUCCAACAAGGCUUAACAUCGCGGACGUCAUGACGAAGUGGGGAAACGGACCUCCCUUAGAGUCGGACAGUCCAUGGUUCAACGGUCCACAAUUUUUUUCUGAACCAGAUACGCGGUGGCCAGUAAGUACAUUACCUACCGUCGACACUAGAGAAGAAAUGCGCACAUGUAUACUACAUCACGACGUGGCGUUUUCUGAUCCACUGGUUAAUGUUAACUCCACCAACCGUUGGAUUCGUCUUCUUCGAAGCACAGCUGGAGUAAUCCGGUUUAUAGCAAAUUGUCGAAGGAAAAUGGCAGGUGAACACAUCGUAGUGUCCAAGGCAAUCACGGGUCAGCAACUUCUGCUAAAAGCAGCACCGAAAUCAAAUCAAAAAUCGUUUCAACAGGACGAGUUGCAGGCUGCUGAAACAAUCCUUUUAAGGCAGGCUCAAAAUGCCGGAUUUCCAGAGAAAAUGAGGAUCCUUGGGAGAAAUGUAGGGCGUGAAUCUGAACAAACUUCGGGUCGGAUUGGAAAAUCAAGCACAAUUUACAAAAUGAAUCCAAUACUCGACAACCAAGGAGUUUUGCGUGUUGGAGGCAGACUAGAGCAAUCAACAUUCGCAACGUUUGAUAUGAAACAUCCAGUCAUACUUCCUAAAGGUCAUGCGGUAACCGAUAAGUUGAUUCUGUAUUAUCAUGAAAAGUUCGGACAUGCAAAUCGUGAGACCGUGUGCAACGAACUUCGGCAACGAUUUCAUAUUCCGAAACUGCGGUGGGCUAUCCAACAAGCAGUGAAAAGUUGCGUUUGGUGUCGCGUCAACCGUUGUCUACCACAAACUCCCAUGAUGGCACCGCUACCAGUACAACGAAUUACACCGCAACUUCGCCCAUUUAGCUCGGUGGGCGUAGACUACUUAGGACCCGUAGAAGUGGUGGUGAAUCGACGGUGGGAGAAAAUGUGGAUUGCUCUGUUCACCUGCUUAGCAGUCCGAGCGGUGCACUUAGAAGUAGUACACAGCUUGACUACCCAAGCGUGUUUGAUUGCGAUUCGACGUUUCAUCUGCAAGCGAGGGGCUCCAAAUGAGAUAUUUUCGGAUAAUGGCACAAAUUUCAGAGGUGCGUGCAACGAAUUGGAAAGAAUGAAGCUGAUUAAUCGAGAUUGUGCGGAAAGCGUAACCAGUUCUAAAUUAAAGUGGUAUUUUACUCCACCAGGCACCCCACACAUGGGUGGGGUUUGGGAGCGUAUGGUGCGAUCGGUAAAGGAGGCGUUAAAGGUUCUAAAUGACGGUCGUAAACUCACAGAUGAAAUGUUACUGACUUCGUUGUCCGAGGCAGAGGACAUGAUAAACACUCGUCCUUUGACAUAUUUGCCGCAAGAUUCUGCAGAAGCGGCAGCAAUAACGCCAAAUCAUUUCCUGCGGGGCGCUACAAACGAUGCGGAUCUGGUUGUAGACGACGAUGUGGGCUACGCAGAAGCUCUGCAGAACGUGUACAAGCGUUCGCAGUACCUGGCCAAUCACAUGUGGGCGCGCUGGUGCAAAGAAUAUCUGCCGACGAUGAACAAACGGUCGAAAUGGAUUGAAGAUCAACGACAACUACAGGAGGGUGACUUAGUGUUCGUCGUAGAUGGUGAAAAGAGGAAAAACUGGAUCCGCGGGAUCAUCGAGAAGGUGUUUGAAGGAAAAGAUGGCAGAGUGCGGCAGGCGAGUGUUCGAACAUCAAAGGGUGUAUCCAGGCGAGCCGUUGCCAAUUUGGCGGUUAUCGAGAUCCCUAGUAAAUCCGGUAUUUCCUAG